GUUUAACUAAAAGAUCGGCAAAAUUAAUUUCCGUCGCAUUAAAAUCUUUACAUCAAAACUGGAUUAUAACAGAUCCGUUGAUAUUGGCACUCAGCAGGAAAACAACUCGGGGGUAACCAACAAAAUGGUGAAACGCACCGACGGCACUGAAUCUCCCAUACUGGCUGAAGACGGUGGCGAUGGUCAUGAUAAACCGCGAUUGCGCUACGGGGAACUGGUGAUACUCGGCUACAAUGGUUACUUGCCACAGGGAGAUCGCGGUCGACGACGCUCCAAGUUUGUGCUCCACAAGCGGACGGAGGCGAGUGGCGUCAAGCGGUCCAAGCACUACAUCGUCCAAUCGCCACAGACCUCGAAGGCCAUUCUGGAUGCCAAUCAGCAUUCAAUCUCGUACACACUCUCACGCAACCAGGCGGUAAUCGUGGAGUACAAGGAGGACACGGAAACGGACAUGUUUCAGGUGGGACGUUCAUCGGAGUCACCCAUUGACUUUGUGGUGAUGGACACGCUGCCCGGCGAUAAAAAGGAUGCCAAGGUUAUGCAGAGCACAAUUUCUCGGUUCGCCUGCCGCAUUCUGGUCAACCGCUGUGAGCCUGCCAAGGCGAGAAUAUUCGCCGCCGGCUUCGAUUCGAGCAGAAAUAUAUUCCUUGGGGAGAAGGCCACCAAGUGGCAGGACAAUGUGGAAAUCGAUGGCCUGACCACCAACGGUGUGCUGAUUAUGCACCCCAAAGGAUCCUUCUGUGGCGGCAAUGCCAAGUGCGGACUAUGGCGCGAGUGCUCCGUGGGCGGCGACGUGUUCAGCCUUCGCGAAUCGCGUUCAGCCCAGCAAAAGGGGCAGCCGAUCUAUGACGAAUGCAACAUUCUGCAGGAUGGCACACUUAUUGAUCUCUGCGGCGCAACCUUGCUCUGGCGUUCCGCCGAGGGCUUGCAGCAUUCGCCGACCAAACACGAUUUGGAGAAACUUAUCGAUGCCAUUAAUGCCGGUCGUCCACAGUGCCCGGUGGGCCUGAACACGCUGGUUAUACCACGCAAAGUUAACAUUGGGGAUCAGGUGAACCAGCCUUACGUGUACUUAAACUGUGGCCAUGUCCAGGGCCAUCACGAUUGGGGCCAGGACGAGAACACUGGCGCCCGCCGCUGUCCCAUGUGCCUGGAACUCGGUCCGGUGGUCACCCUGUGCAUGGGCUUGGAACCAGCCUUCUAUGUGGACGUGGGCGCCCCGACGUACGCGUUCAAUCCAUGCGGACACAUGGCGACUGAAAAAACUGUCAAAUACUGGGCCAAUGUGGAGAUACCUCAUGGUACCAACGGAUUUCAGGCCGUCUGUCCCUUCUGUGCGACGCCCUUGGAUGGAGCGACUGGCUACAUAAAGUUAAUAUUCCAGGAUAAUCUAGAUUAAAUAUAAAUUUAAUGGAUUAACAAAUGUAUUUACGUCUAUAUAGAUACUGUAGUAAUUGAAAGAUGUCCAAGUUUGAAGCAGGCAUUAAAACUAGGCUUUAUUUAUUAUCAUUAAUUAACAUUUAACGGCAACAGAAAACGGAAACAAUUUCUGAAUACUGAAUUAAACAAACACACAAGAGGAACAACUUUAA